AUGUUCGCUAGACUGUCCAGAUCUAAUAAGUUUUUGCCAAUUGCCCUCGGUGUUGGUGCUGCUUCCAUUGCUACUGCUAUUAUUCUACAAAGAAAUUAUUCGAUCAUGAACGACACUUCCAAAGCCUUUUUGGGUGAUAACGAAUGGAUUGAUUUACCAAUCAUCAAGAUCGAGAAAUUGUCUCAUGAUACCAAGAGAUUUACUUUUGCUUUGCCAAAGAAGGAUCAAGUUUCUGGUUUGAUCACUGCCUCUUGUAUCUUGGCCAAGUUCGUUACUCCAAAGGGUUCUAACGUCAUUAGACCAUACACUCCAGUGAGUGACAACGGUACCAAGGGUAAGAUGGAAUUGGUGGUUAAGCAUUACGAAAACGGUAAGUUUACCUCUCAUUUGUUCGGUUUGAAGGAAAACGAUACCGUUUCCUUUAAAGGUCCAAUUACUAAGUGGGAGUGGAAGCCAAACUCUUACGAUUCCAUCACUUUGUUAGGCGCUGGUACCGGUAUUAACCCAUUGUACCAAUUAGUUCACCAUAUUGCUGAAAACCCAGAGGAUAACACCAAGAUCCAUUUGUACUACGGUAACAAGACUCCAGAAGACAUCUUGCUGAAGAGCGAAUUGGACAACUUGCAAAAGAAGUACCCUGAUCAAGUCAAGAUCACAUACUUCGUCGACAAGGCAGAAGGCAACUUCGAAGGUGAAACUGGUUUCAUCACCAAGGACUACUUGUCUCAUCAAGCUCCAAAGCCAUCCGAAAAGAACCAAGUCUUCGUCUGUGGUCCUCCUCCAUUCAUGAAAGCUUAUUCUGGUCCAAAGGUCUCCCCACAAGACCAAGGUGAAUUGACUGGUAUCUUGGCUGAACUAGGUUACUCCAAGAGUAACGUCUUCAAGUUCUGA